CAACACCAUGGGACGGCUAGUGAGCGGAUGUGCGGUCGUUUGUUUGCUGAUAACAUUAACGGGAGCCCAGCAGCAGCAGCAGCCUGGGGUGGUCCCAUCGAGUGUGGUGGAUACCGGAGUGGCACAGCUACAGCGAAGUUCGCAAAAAUUUGCCCUUCAGUUUUACCAGCACGUUACGGAGUUGGUCGAUGUCAAUCCGAAUGUUACGACGACCAACAUCAUCGUGUCGCCGUACUCGGCCUGGAACCUGUUGGCAAUCAUAACGGAGGGCGCUUCCGGGCAAACGCUGAAGGAACUGCUGGAAGCGCUUAAUGUCGAGGAGCAACUGCAAAUCCGGACACUAUACAAACCGUAUACAGAGAGCUUUAAUUUUCACAGCAACGAUGUGGAGCUGUCUUCGGCACAGUACGUAGUAACCGACGAGAAUCGCCCGGUGGCGAAGGAUUUUGAGUCGACAUUGGAGCACUUCUACGACCCGAGGGUACUGCAGCCGAUGAACUUUGCCAAUAUCCAGCAAACGUACCAGCGUAUCAAUGAGUUGGUCUCAAAGGCGACAAAUGGAAAUAUCCCGAACGCAAUACAGAAGAGCGAUCUGGAGGAAGCCAAACUGGUCAUGCUUUCGGUGCUCUUUUUUAAGGGUCAAUGGACGCUUCCCUUCAAUCGUUCGUUCACGACGCAAGUGCCGUUCUAUGAUGAAAACGAUCAAACGAUCGGUAUGGUGGACAUGAUGUUUCAGCGAGGCAUUUUCCCGUUCGCUGGCUACAAGGAACUGGAAUCGCAAAUACUCGAGCUACCGUACGGGGCCGACAAGCGUCUCAGUAUGCUGCUCGUCAUGCCGCGGAAGGGUGUACCGUUACUGGAGGUGAUCCGGAAGCUGGCAAACUAUAAUAUGGACCACGUGUUCCAGAAACUCGAUCGAAGCUUAAUCGACUUUGAUGACGACGAAGUUGAGGUGCAUUUGCCGCGGUUCGAGUUUAACUCCGACUUUAACCUAAUACCGGUGCUGAAACAGAUGGGAGUCAACGAAGCGUUCGACUCGGGGUACGCCAACUUUAGCAAGAUUUCCGAGCUAAAUGCAAUCUUCGUGAGCAGCGUCAUACAGCAGUCCAAAAUAAUUGUCAACGAGGAGGGAACCACGGCGGCCGCAGUAACGGUUGGUGUGUUUGCGAACAAAGCUACGCCACCGCGCUUUUUGGCCAACCGACCGUUCGGCUUCAUGAUUGUGGAUCGACCGCAACGAACAAUACUGUUUGCGGGACAGGUGAAGAAGCCCACCCUGGUGCAAAAUGCAUAAGACGCCCGGGAUGAUCGUGUGCAAUUCUUUCUUCCCAAACUACGUACAGAAAGUUUGAGCCAGCUUUCAA